UGAGACUCAGUGUGCAGAGCACUUCUCAUAAUGUUUGGUUUUCCGGAUGGAAUGUCCACAUCACUGGGAUCUCCGGGAAAGGGAGAGGUGAAAGACUAGAGACAAUUUAUUCUCUGAGGAUUUUCAAACAGCCAACAGCACAGCACAGACUCAAGCUCCUAAUUGUAAAGGAGAGGGAAUACCAGGAGAUAAAGGAGAAGAAACGUGAAAAAGAAGUAUCAACUUUAAAGAACGAGCUGACCAAGCUGAAGGCUUUUGCACUGCUGGUUGUAAAGGAGCAACAGUAUCUGAGCGAGCUGCUGGAGGAACAGAGGCGUUGUGUCAAAGAACUGAAAGCCAUCACUGACCACAUCGAGCGGGAGGUCAGUGCUGCUCACCCCAGUGCAAAAAAAGAGAAGCUCAAAUCCCUGCAUCUGGAGGUGGAGCACCAUAACCAAGUUUCCAUCCUCAAUCAAAGCCAGAACACCAUGACAGCCCCAAGCCUGCUGUCAGAGGUUGAGAUACUGAGGAGAAGAGUAGAGGAAAUGGAGGGAAAGGAUGAGGAGCUGCUGCGCAUGUGGGGCCAGUGUAGAGACCUGGACCACAAACUAGCGAGGGAGACAAGCCACUGUCGUAGCUUGAGAGUUGAUAUGGAUAAACUCAAUGGCAGAAUUAACGAAUUGGACAGGAUAGAGGAGGUUUUAGGUAAGAGCAAACAGGACUGCAGUUUUCUGAAGGGCAGCUUGGAUCGAGAAAGAGAGGUUAGCAAGAUGCUGUCGGGUGAGCUUGACACUCUGAAAGUUAGGGUGAGAGAGCUAGAGGCCAUCGAAGGCCAACUGGAAAAGAGUGAAGCAGUGACUAGACAGGACCUGGCCAAGCUCAGGUCACUGACUGUAGCGUUGGUGGAGGACAGAAAGACCAUGGCCGAGAGGCUCCGACAGGCUGAGGAAAAACUCAACAGAAAGGAGGGCAAGAGAAAUGAGCACAGCAAUUUGGCAACAAUGACAGAAAGACUGAGAGAGGAGAGGCAGCAAACACUGAGGUCUAAGGCAGAUUUAGAGGAAAGGAUUAAGGGCAUAGCGAAGGAAAAAGAUGAGCUCCAUGACAGACUAAAAACAGAGGAGGAGAGGAACAGAGAGCUACACAGUAAAAUAACCAUAAUGAAGAAAAGGUUACAGGUCUUGGAAAACAGGAAAGAAAAAGAAGAGAAGUACACAAACAGCUCUAUUCCAAAUAACCCUAACCAUCACUGCCAAACAGAGGACAACAAAGUCAAAGAAUUGACCCAGGAGCUAGACAGGCUGCGAAAGAGACUACAGGAUAAAGAGAUGUUGGAGGGAGAGCUAAUGAUGGUAGAAGAGAACUUUGAGUCCCUGGAAAAGAGGUUCAAGGAUGAACAGAAAAGGUCCCAUGCCCUAACAGAGGAGCUAGAGGUGGCAAAGAGGGAGCUUUCCAGGUAUGACCAGGCAGAGAAGCAGGAGGUCAACCAAGAACACCUUCUCCUUUGCCGUCUUCAGAAGGAGCAGGUUAAGUCCAGGCUCUUAGGCAGGGAGGUAGACACCUUGAAGGAGAAACUACAGAAGCUGAUGGGAACUGAGGAGUCCAUCUGCAAGGUUCAGACGGAUCACUCCACCCUGCAGACAAAACUGACCCAGCAGGAAGCCAGGAACAGAGAGCUGGCCAAAGAGAUGAAGGAACUGAGUAGUGAGCUAGAGAGGUACAGACAAAUCAAGAAUUGUACACCUGGUGCAAGUAGACAACACCUCUCAGACCUUCAUCAGACCACCAAAGAGGUUCAAACUGAGCAGUGUAGCCUUCCUCCUGACUACAGCGAGCACAGCGAGAAACUAGAUGAAGAAAAUGAGGAUGAGGACCCAAACCAUAAUACAGAAGUCAUAAAAAGAAGAAGCUCUCUUGUCAACAACCUCAAUAGCUUGAACAGUGCAAAUAAUAACAUAAACCAAUACAGGAGCCAUUCAGCCAAUGGCAUAGAUAUGCACCAAACAGUCAAUGGAGAGGUGAUGAUGUUAACACACACUCCAGGGCAGCCCUUGCACAUCAAAGUAACACCGCACCAUAUACUCAAUACAGCCACACUCGAGAUUAGCAGCCCCACCGGAGACACAGCUACAUCCUACACCAGCACAGCCGUCAUUCCAACGAGUGGGGCCUCACCUAAGCAGAGAAUUACCAUCAUCCAGAACUCAGCUCUGUCUGGAGUUAAUACUAAACCCCCCCCUUCCAGCCCUGACCGCACCGUCUCCCCACUUAACGGAACACCCAUCUCUCGGGUGUUAAGUCCAAAUUCCUCACGCUCUGUGACACCCGACCACAACACCUCCCCCAUUCAGAUUGUGACAUUCAGGACCUGUUCUCCGGAGCCAACAGAAGUUGCCAAUCAGACUGUCUUCAGCAAGACACCGGAGCGGCAGAACAGCUGGCAGCAUCAGAGGUCCAACAGCACCGACGCAAGUCCCAGUAUCAUCACCUCAGACGAUAACAAGAUCCACAUCCAUCUGGGGAGCCCAUAUAUCCAGUCCCUGAAUGGUAUGACCCACAGCAUCCCACAGCCUGUCGGCCCAUACUAUCUCCGACAUGAGCAAAGGACUCAAGUGCUCGCCAAUGGCUGUCAUGUCAAAGGUGUUGGCAAGAUUACAAGUAGCAUCACUAUAUCCCCUGCUACCUCUUCAGCCUCACAUUCCUCAAAUAUUACAGUAAGUGGCCUUUGUGAUUAGGUGAAAAUGGAUAUAUUCUGAACAUACAGUAUUAUGUUCUCAGUCACAUUCCCAGACUAGACAAUUAAAACAAUACAUUUCCUCUAAUGACAACCCAGUUUGUUGUAUUUUGAGUCAGUCAUCAAAUAAAUGCUUUGUAGUAUUUGUCCUACAAGACCCUUUGUAACCCCUAUUUGAUCUAGUUAGUCUGUCUCUAGUUUUUCUGACUUCAAAUCAACCCUUUAUUGAAUGUAUGACAUGUGUUUCUAGUAUGAAAGCUAAGUGAGAUAUCGUAGCAACCAAAUGUGUGAUGUGCUUUCUGAUCAUUUUCUGUUUCAUUAAUGUUUUUUUCUGUUCAUUAAAAGUGUUGUGUUGUUUUUAUUUA